AUGACCUCCCAACCCACCAAGCCAUUUUCUGUGUCUGGCAAAACUGCCAUUGUCACUGGAGCUGGUUCAGGAAUCAACUUUGAAUUUGCAAAGAUCCUACUCUCCAAGAAUUGCAAUGUUGUCAUUGCAGAUCUGUCUCUUCGACCAGAGGCCCAAGAUCUAGUGUCUCAAUACUCCUCAUCCUCUUCGCCCCGAGCAGUCUUUAUCAAAACAGACGUGACAUCCUGGAAAGAUUUGUCGAAUGCUUUCAGAACUACUGUUCAGGAAUUCGGUGAUCUUGACAUCGUCUGUCCUGGUGCAGGUGUCUACGAGCCCAACUGGUCUCACUUCUGGCAUCCACCAGGAUCUCCAGAGAGUAAAGAUGACCCAGAAGGUGACGGCUACAAGUUGCUCGAUAUCAACCUCGUUCAUCCUAUCCGAGCUACUCAAAUGGCUAUAUCUUACUGGAUGCAUGGUCCUGGAGCAAAAGCGUCGCCUGACAACCCAAAGCGAGUGAUUCACAUUUCUUCCAUCGCUGCUCAAGUACCUGUCUUCAGAGCACCCAUGUAUGGCGCGAGUAAAUUCGGCAUCACAGGCUUUGUUCGGUGUCUAGCAAAUCUCGAGCAGGCGGGUAUACGAGUCAACGCAGUUGCUCCUGGUGUGGUACGUACACCUCUAUGGACAGAGGAUGCUGAAAAGAUCAAGUACGUGAAUGAAACACAGGAUGCGUGGGUUACGCCCUAUGAAUGUGCAGAGGCGAUGCUGGAGUGUAUGGAGAGCGAGAAGCAUCUUGGAGGUACGAUCUUGGAAGUUGGGAAAGAUAAUACACGUCAAGUUCAGGUUUUCAAUGAUCCAGGGCCGGAUUUCAGGGAUCCUACCAAGGGAUUUUCGACGAGCAAUUGGGAGGAAGGGGAUGCGAAUGUUUGGAAUUGGCUUGGAGAGAAGGACAUCUGGGGGUGCAAGUUAUGA